AAAAAAUAAUUUUGAAUUAAAUUUAAAUGGAGAAGGUAUACAACAAGCUAAACCGUUUGACCAUAAGUGAUUUUGAAAAAAUUCUGAAUGACCUAAAUAUCAGCCAUUCACGCUGUAAGACAAAGAACGAUUACAUCAGAGCCUUCCUUAAAAAGAAAGCGAGAUCUGCUAAGCUCACACCUAAGAAAAUAAUGAAAAAGCGUGCUAAGAAGAUUAAGGAGGGAAAAGAUUUUGAUGAGUCCUCAGUCAGCAGUUACUACUCAAAGUGUAUCAUUGAAGAUAUGGAGGAUUCAGAUGUUCAUAAUGUCGAAAGCUUCAUCAAACAUGCCAAACCAUCUAGAUCUAAAAGUUCCAAAUCCAGGAAGAGAAGAAAGAGUACUCCCAAAAAGACGAAGAAUAAAGCAGUAAAAGUUCAUGAGAAGGAGGAAGUAUCUACUCUUUUUCAAACACUUCCUUCACCUAGUAGGAAGAAGAUUCAGAAGAAGAGUACUGGCCAGCCAAAAUCCAGUAAGAGGGUAGUAACUAGGCUAUCUGCAUCAGCAACCUCGACUCCUAAGAAAUUAGAUAUAAUCUCUGAAGCUUUAAGAUCAGAGUAUGAAGAGACUCCUUACAAUGGAGUCGUUAUCUCAGAAAUAAGUGAGAGAGAAGAAGUCUCAUCAUCUGAUAGAGAAAUAUGUGAAGAGCCAUACCCUUUUUCUCCGGAUACUCCUGAAAAUACGAGAGAUCAGCUCAGAAAGAGAAACGGAAGACCUACCAGGAUGGAAAUCAAGGAUCAUACUCCAAUUAGAUCAAUCUUAAGACAACCAAGAGAGGAUAUACAAAACCCUGAAGAGAGAAGAACUCCUCUGAAGAGGUUAAUAGAAAUGCAGCAGAGGUUCAUGACUCCAGUUAAGAAGUUUGCCUCAAGAGUUCAAAGCCGUGUAGAGGGUUCAUACCUGAUAAAAUCAGAAAUGGUUAGCACAAUCUUACUAAUCUCAAUGGUGACUGCCUUUAUGCUAGCAGGAGCUAUCAAUUAUGCUGGAAAGGUUCCAGCAGCCAAUUAUAGAUUUCCAGUAAAUGCUACCAUCAAGCAUAUGGAAUACGAUAAUUUAGAAAGAGCUUAUGUCUGUCAAGAAGGCACCCUCAGUGUUGGACAUUUAUGAGCAAAAGAAGGAGAUCAAGACUAUAUUGAUGAAGUAUUAGCAAUCAACUCAGAUUUUGAUGAGCUUAUCCAGAAUUAUGACAGAUGAGGUGGUAUUGUUAACCCUAUUGUGAGACCAGUAGCACACCCAGAGACCAUGAAAGAAAUAGCAGAAAAUGACUUAUUUAAACAUAGGAUUCAAUACAAAGAGUUAGGAGCUGGGGAAUAUAGUUUUAGUAUCCAUAAGGACUUCAAGGUAGUUCCAACGUCAUUAAGUCGUAUCCAGUGCUCUUUAAAGAACUUGUUUGGCACAGGAAAUGGAGCAAAAAUACUGUUGAUAUUCUUACUGCUACUAGUAAUAGCAUUUGCUUGAUAUAAAGUCUGCCAAAUCAUCCAAGAAAGUGACACAAGGACAGCAAAGAAAAUUUUUAACCUGAUACUAAGAGAAAUGAGGGAGACUGGGAUGUACAGAAAUGGGUUGGAUCCAAGCAACAUUUACACAUGGUAUUCCUCAAAGACAGAUCUCACAAAAGAAGAAUUUGAUUCCAGAGUGCUCCCUUGGAUUCAAGUCUAUUUCAAUGAAUCAGAGAUAAUCAGAAGCACGAUGAACAGAACUGGAGUUGCCGUAUGGAAACUUGUGGAAUAAUCAUGCUUUAAAAUUUUCAAUGAGAAAUUUUAUUAAA